UGCGUUGUUAUGGUCACUUUGACUGAUCUGUGCCGCUCGCUCGCGACACAUCCGCGCGCUGCUGCUUUCAUUUCCCAGAGCUCAGUGAGAGAGCGCAGCGCGCGCUUCAAGAAGAACGCGUACUUUCCCUCUGUGAAUAUGACUCAGCUGGAAGUGACCAGCGCAGGACACACGCUCUGUCUGUGAAUGUGCUCCACAGUGAGGGACACUUCACCCGUGUCACCGGCGUGGGGUCGAGCCCGUGGAUGCAGCUGCCGGGGGUCGGUGCGUGAGCCCCGCAGGACCAACCUGUCAUAGGGGGGCGACCAUGGUUCCUCCAGCUGUUCCCAAGUGGAUGAGGAAUAUUUCUGCGGAGAUGMUGCUGCUGCUGCUGCUGGUGCAGAUUCUGUGGCUUUUCCCUGAGACCGGAGCGGCUCCUUCUCUGAGCUCAGAGCAGCUGGACACAGGGGUGGACUGGCUGAGCAAGUUUGGCUACCUCCCGCCCCCCGACCCGGUGACUGGUCAGCUCCAGACCAAGGAGGCCCUGACCAAGGCCAUCAAAGCCAUGCAGAGGUUCGGAGGCCUGAAGGAGACCGGAGUCUUUGACCAAGCCACACUGGGUCUAAUGAAAACACCCAGAUGUUCGCUGCCAGAUGUGUCUGAAGCUGAGGGGACAGCGGGCCGUAGCAAACGAAGCUCCAGCCCUCAGAACAAGUGGAAUAAGAGGCAUCUAUCCUGGAGAAUGAGGACCUACCCUAAGGAUUCAGCCUUACUGGGCAGGGACACCGUUCGAGCCCUGAUGUACUACGCCUUGAAAGUCUGGAGCGACAUCGCGCCGCUGAACUUCCACGAGGUGGCCGGCAGCGACGCAGACAUUCAGAUCGACUUCACUAAAGCCGACCAUGACGACGGAUAUCCGUUUGACGGGCCGGGGGGCACAGUGGCACACGCGUUUUUCCCUGGAGAGAGGUUCACCGCCGGGGACACGCACUUUGAUGACGACGAGGCGUGGACCUUCAGAUCACCAGACUCCCAUGGGAUGGAUCUGUUUGCGGUGGCUGUCCAUGAGUUUGGUCACGCCAUCGGCCUGGUCCACACCUCCGCCAUGGAGUCCAUCAUGAGACCGUACUACCAGGGUCCUGUAGGAGACCCUCUGAAAUACGACCUACCCUAUGAGGACAAGGUCCGCGUCUGGCAGCUCUACGGCGUCAGAGACUCGGUGUCCCACACCAACCGACCAGGAAACCCCUCGCAGACAGCUGAACCGCCCGUCCUGCUGGACCUCCCUGAAAACAGAUCAACUCUCUUUCUGGCACGAGACGCUCCAGACAGAUGCACCAGUCACUUCGAUGCCGUGGCACAAAUUCGGGGGGAGGCCUUCUUCUUCAAAGGGAAGUACUUUUGGCGACUAACUCGAGAGAAGCAUUUGGUUUCUCUUCGCCCGGCUCAGAUCCAUCGUUUCUGGAGGGGCCUCCCACCCAAUCUGGACAGUAUCGAUGCUGUGUAUGAGCGACCCGGGGACCACAAAAUUGUGUUUUUUAAAGGCCUCAAGUACUGGGUGUUUAAAGACAAUAACGUGGAGGAAGGUUACCCUCGUCCAAUCAGUGACUUUGGUCUGCCCUUGGAAGGCUUAGAUGCAGCUUUUGUUUGGCUGCACAACGACAAAACCUACUUCUUCAAGGACAACCACUACUGGCGCUACGACGACCACCUGAGACACAUGGACCUGGGCUACCCCAAAGACAGCACGCUGUGGAAGGGGCUGCCGCCACAUCUGGACGACGCCAUGAGGUGGUCGGACGGCUCGUCCUAUUUCUUCAAGGGGAAGGAGUACUGGAAAGUGCCGGGCAGUGGCAUGGAGGUGGAGGCAGGGUACCCCCGCCUCAUCGCCAAGGACUGGCUGCUGUGCACGGAGAUGCAGUCGGACUCUCCGGACGCAGAGCCCAAGAGCACGGAGACGAAAGGAAACGUGCAGCAUCACCCGGACCACGCGGAGAACGGGUACGAGGUGUGUUCCUGCACCUCGGACACCGCCUCGCCUUUGGGCGCCCGCCCCUCCCCUUCUCCCCUCUGGCUGCUGCCACCACUCUGGACGCUCUCGCUGGCCCUCAGCUCCGAACUGCUAUGAUACCAAAGCACGGGACAAAGUUCUCAAGCUGAGGUGCAAGAGACAGACUCUAAAGUGGAGGGCCAGGGGACAUGAAAUACAGACUCUAACAUUUGUUCAUAUAAAUAUCAAUCGGUAUGUUUUCUGCAGUUGUUUCGCUGUUAUUUAUUUCACAUGCCAUUUGGUGUCAUCUCAAGCGCCUUCCACUCCAGUAUGGGUAGUGCAUACAGUUCUCAUGUUAUUAUACUAGGGUAUCCCUAGUAGCCGUCAAUUCACUGACAACGACAGUGCUCGAACCAUCCUUUACAAACUUAGUUACACAGAAUCACAACUGACUAAACUGUUUCUGAGAGGAAAACUAAUUGAUGAUCGGGAUUUAAUAUGAUCACUUUAAAUCUAACAGUAUUCUAACAGCACCAAUGAUAUUUACUUUUUUCAUGUACAAGUUUACAGCAAUAAUGAAUGGCACUGUGGGAUGUAAGCAGAUAGACACAGGUAAAAAGGUCUGGUUUUACUUUGAAGGAAUUCAAGAAAAUGUUGCUGAGAGGUGGAUUAGAAGAUCGAACUCUAAUGUCUGUACGCUAAAUACGAAGCAGCAGCCAGGAGCUGGUUAGCUUAGCCCAGCAUGAGGACUGGAAACAAGGGGGAAAUCCAUGUUUAUAUUACUAUUUAAUACAUGUUUAAUAUAACUAUUUAAUACAUGUUUAAUAUUACUAUUUAAUACAUGUUUAAUAUUACUGCAAAACAACAUGUGGAUAAACAGGGCCUAUACCCUAGCCAGCCACAAGGGGGCAUUCAAGAUGAUUUGGCUUCACUUUUGGGGAGCUACCAUAUGGUCCAUCUUUACAGUCUAUAGUUUCUCUCUGUUUCCAGACUUUAUGUCAAGCCAAGCUAACCCAAUCCUGGGUGUGGCCUUUUUUUAAAUCUCUUGAUCUUAUUUCAUAUAAGUUAAGGCAACAAAGUAAAUAAGCGUAUUCUCUGUAAUGUCUGUUGCUUUAAGCGGCGCCUGGUGAGCGGAACCUCCUCGCCAAGCUGCUCACUGCCUCCCAGCAUUCACCAGUGAAGUUGGUUACAGUUGAGGUUUUGGUCAUGGUCGGGGUUCGGGUCCAUCAAUCCUAAACAAGGAGGCAGGACUUUAAAUCAGUCCGUCAGGAGGAGCUGCCUGGAAGACUUACAGCAGGGCAAAGAGUGACAUUUAGAAACAUAGAUCCUGUGGUUUGACGGGUGGCAGACAGCCUCGCAUGCAACAGGACAGGUGAAAGGUAUGCUGGGAUAUAGAGUUUCUAGAUAGCUAGGUUUACAGAUGAAAGGCCCCAUGGGAUGUGGACAGGAAGACUCAGGAAUGGCAUGCUGGGAUGUCGACAGGUAAGAUGAACGGCAUCAACAGUCAGACAGGUGAAUACCUUCCAGUGCGGAGAAAGGUUCACACUGGGAUGUUGGGAAGUGAAGACAAAUGAAUGAUUUCCUGUUCGACAUCAGGUCCCAGACUUUCCUUUAACGUCAUUAUCCUCGCUGUAAUCCCUCUCCUGUUCUCCCGCCUUUUUAAAGAACCGCUCUAUCUCCACAAAUUCAUCAUUUCAACAUUCGCUGCCAUUAUCGGAGGCAGUAUUUGGUUUUGUUGUAUUUUUUGGUAAUAAAUAUGGAUAGAUUGUGAUUCCAUAUUGCUUCGAUCAGAUUAUCGUUCACUGAGCCUUUCUCUUCGUCAAUCCAAGCUCCUAUUGGUGACGUCCUUCGCAGACCUCACAGGAUAGAUUUACAGUAUUCUUCUUGCAGAUAUAUUUACCUACAGUUUAAAUAUAGACACAGAUAUAUUUGAGUUGAGAUAUUCCAUGGUUUCUGCAAAAAAAAAAACAGGUGGGCUGUGUAUAUUUCAAGCUGUGGUUUUUUUAAUGUAAAAUAUUUUUGUAGAAAAAUAA